GCCUGGAUGUAGCUCCGUUUCACGUCUUGCUUUAUUAACGCUCAGUUUAUGAUGCUAGCUAAACAUCACGAGUAGCUAUUUUAUCGGUUUGAUUCAUAUAAACAAGUUUGAGGAAACAAACGUGAAUUUGUAGCUGGGGAAGAAAAAAAACAAAACAAAACAAAAAACCAGAACGUGAAUGUUUAUAAACACCCUCUGUUGUAAGCUAAUGCUGGUAUGCUAGCUAGCUACACGACUAGCUUCAGGAUAUCGUGAUUUUUUUUUUUCUGGAGCAGGUUUUCUAGCACUUGGCUAGUUACCUGGAACUACAGCUAGUUAGCAUCAUAAGGAUUUAAAAAAGGAGAGAGACUGAGCAAGACAAAGCAAGAGAUUCAGGAGAAGACGAACGAAGAAGACGUUGAGCUUCAACCAUGCCACUGUUUGGUAAAUCUCACAAGAGUCCCACAGACAUUGUGAAGGCUCUAAAGGAUAAUCUGUCCAUCCUGGUAAAACAGGACAAGAAGACUGAGAAGGCUUCAGAUGAGGUGUCUAAAUGUCUGGUGGCGAUGAAGGAGAUUCUAUACGGCACCAAUGACAAGGAGCCACACACGGAGACGGUGGCCCAGCUGGCCCAAGAGCUAUACAACAGCGGCCUGCUCAUCUCCCUGGUGGAGAACCUGCAGGUCAUCGACUUUGAGGGAAAGAAGGAUGUGUGUCAGAUCUUCAACAACAUUCUACGCAGGCAGAUUGGCACCCGCAGUCCCACAGUGGAGUAUUUCUGCUCCCAUCAGGAAGUGCUCUUUAUCUUGCUGAAAGGGUAUGAGACUCCUCAGGUGGCGCUGAAUUGCGGUAUCAUGCUGCGCGAGUGCAUCCGGCACGAACCGCUCGCCAAAGUCAUCCUUCACUCGGAGCAUUUCAACGACUUUUUCGGCUAUGUGGAAAUGUCAACGUUCGACAUUGCUUCUGAUGCAUUCGCCACCUUCAAGGACCUUCUUACAAGACACAAGGUUCUAGUGGCUGAAUUUUUAGAACAGAACUACGAUGCAGUGUUUGAGAACUAUGAGAAGCUGCUGCACUCUGAAAACUAUGUGACAAAGAGGCAGUCACUGAAGUUAUUGGGUGAGCUCCUGCUGGACAGGCACAAUUUCACUGUGAUGACGAGGUACAUCAGCAAGCCGGAGAACCUCAAACUCAUGAUGAACCUGUUGAGAGACAAAAGCCCCAAUAUCCAGUUUGAGGCGUUCCAUGUCUUCAAGGUGUUCGUGGCUAACCCAAACAAAAUGCAGCCCAUCAUAGAUAUCCUUCUGAAGAACCAGACAAAGCUCAUUGACUUCCUCAACAACUUCCAGAAGGACCGCACGGACGAUGAGCAGUUUAAUGACGAAAAGACGUACCUCAUCAAACAGAUACGAGACUUAAAGAAACCCGCCUCCUAAACCUUCUAGCUAGAGAUCGCGUUAUUAAGCACCUCCGUCUUUUUACUGAGGAAUAAAAUAAACAGGAAAAAAAAAAUCACAAAAA